UUGAGAAAGAUACUUGACCUUCUUCAGUUUUGUCAUGUUGAGUCUCUCCUCUUGGACCACACUUGACAACCCCGGCGCCGGGCCGCGGGGGAUAAAAGACAAUAACUCUCCCUCUCCCUCUCCCUCUUCCUCUCUUUGUCUCUCUCUUCAUUUCUGAUUUUUCUAGAUGUGGAUUUGAGGUUGAAGAAGCUUUCUUCUAUAGUUAUGAGAGUUUCAUCCAUUUAUGGAAGGUGAGGAGGGAUUUCUUGAAGAGCAAAAUAUGGAGAUCAGAGGCGGCAAUAAUAAUAAUAGAUUGAUGCUACCUGACGAUGGUUAUGAAUGGAGAAAAUAUGGCCAGAAGUUCAUCAAAAAUAUUGCAAAAUUCAGGAACUAUUUUAGGUGUCGCAAGAGAAGAUGUGGAGCAAAGAAGCGAGUGGAGUGGUCGACCUUAGAGCCUGAUAAUCUUCAAGUCGUAUAUGAUGGGGUGCACUCUCAUGCUCCCUUCAACUUCUCACAAAGGACUACUUAUAGUCAUACUGCUGCUGCAGGAGCAAAUCCAUAACUUGUUAACAUAAGUUGUAGGGAUCAAACAAUUUCUCUUGGGAAUGAUAAGUGAAG